CAUCGGGCAAGAUGCUUGAGUUGGUUGGGGUGCGUGUGGUCCCUUUGCCCAUGACUGGGUAAUAUGUGUAAAGGGUAUGGUUUUGCGGGCUUGUCCGCGUCACCUCGUUCAUCAUAUCUAGAUCUGCUUUUGCCAAAACAAAUCAGUUCCCCUCCAACCACUCACUCAAUAUCUAGUAAACAAGCUCCUUGGAUUGGAUCCUGGUGGUGGUCAUUCCGAGCAAACAGAAUUGCGGUCCAGAGUCAGAGAGCCGUCUGCUCGAGCAAAAAAAAAGUCUUCCGAGAGAGGACAAGAGGACAGACACCACUUUGCAAUUCUCCCCACGGGCACGACUGGAAGACCAAGACAAUAAUUGCUCUUGAUAGGAACUUGAUCAUCCCCAUGAUGGAACCUUCUCUGUUCCAUUCCGCGGCGGCCUCGGGGCUCUCAUCCCAUUUGUCGUCUUUUCAUCCUCCAGCUCCUUCUUCAUUGCAUUCGCCGGGACAAGAGCCACCACCACCACCCUCACCCUUCCAUGGGUUUCCUCUACCCUCUCCUUACCUUCUGGCCGCAGCCCACGCUUCUUCGCUCCCGAACUCUUUGACAGCCGCUCUCAUGAAGCCGAGAGCCUCUCCUUAUCCUCACCCCAUUCCUCCUCCACCACCACCACCACCUCCACCCACAUCUCACCAUCCGUCGAUUGCUUCCCUCUCUUCGUUGUCCGCUGGCACCUCGGAGCAAUCCUUAAUCAAAUCAACGUCGAUAUCCUUCAGCUCGCAAUCUGUGAGCAAACCAAAUGGCAUGACAAAGUAUUCGAUCGCCAGUCUGACAUCGCCCACGGUGUCGUCCUCGCCGUCAUCGGGCACUUCGGCAUUCUUUCAUUACCAUCCACACCAUGCCCACCAACGACAUAAUGCCAGCUCACCCGAGGCUUCAGCCUCGGAGAAGCUCUCUGAGAAUGGCAGCGAUGAAGGCAUGACCACUAAAUCCGAGGAAGAGGACCGGGACGUGGAGAACCGACCCCAUCUUUCCAACCGAUUUAGCUUGAGCUCUCGUAAAGAUGCCAACAAUCUUGGCAACACCACGCACCACCACCACCUCCCGACGGAUUCGCAACUGCCUGGAGCCUCACAAGUGGGACCCCUAAAGCCGUCGAAGAAGAAUCGGAAUUCAAAAUUGGCGCGAUUGAGCAUCAAUGCCAGAGAGCGGAGACGAAUGCACGAUCUCAACGAUGCAUUGGACGAUCUUCGCCAUUGCAUCCCGUACGCUCAUUCGCCGUCAGUACGAAAACUCUCGAAAAUUGCAACACUUCUCCUGGCCAAGAACUACAUACUCAUGCAAACCAAUGCUUUGGAGGAAUUGCGUCGAUUGGUGGCCUACUUAUGUCAGGCGGCUGGGAUCUCUCUACCUAAUGCGGCUGCGCUUUUAGGCCAACAAUCUCGGAAUGCCUUGCUCAACUUGAACAUGGACAGGGAUCUGCGACCAGAUCUGUCCAUGCAAGACUCGAUGGACAGUCUACCUAGUCCUCCAAUUUCUUCGUCUCAAGCUAGUCGUGGGACUCCCCCUCCCAAAGGAUCUUCUCCGGGUCCCUGUUCUCCUCCCCAAGCUUCACCAGUCAAAGCCACGAAUCUAGUCACUACGGAGUCCUCCAACGAGACCCCGGCCACUGGUCAGCAAUGAAUGUAAAAUGUACGUCUCAUUUGAAUGUCGUCGUCUUACCUGCUGCUCACCACUGAACACCAUGGAUCUCACCGCAAAGUUUCCCCUUUUGACAUUCUGUCCCUCACCUUCCCCCCCUCCUUAUUAAAAUGUUUAUGAUGUCAUAUUGUCAAGCAAAGAAAGAGGAAAAGAAAUAAAUGUCUGCAAUAAAGAAAUGGAUGCCCCGACGUCCCCCAGCAUCACCACCAUCUCCAUCUCGUUGGGUCUCUUUCUUUCUU